GUUGAGUCUAUGGAGCCGUCUGCCGAAUCCGAGAAACCGCUCCUGGAGUGCCAAGGGCGUCCAUCCUGCGCUCGGGAUCAACGCGCUUCUCACUCCGACGCCCCCCUUCCAGACCACCUGCAGCAGCUGGAGCGGUCCUGUGGUGGCGAGCUGGGUGUGACGUCGCCCAAUGAAAGCCAGGCCAGAUGUGCGGCCAGGAGGAAGCUCCUUGUUGCCUUGGCGAUCAGUCUCAUCUUCAUGGUUGGGGAGGUGCUUGGCGGGUACGCCGCCCACAGCCUGGCCAUCAUGACAGACGCGGCACACCUGCUGACUGACGUUGGAAGCAUCGCUGUGAGCAUCUUCUCUCUCUGGGUCUCAGGACGCCCGCCCACCCCCACCAUGACCUUUGGGUGGCAUCGAGCAGAGGUUCUGGGCAUGCUGCUGUCGCUCAUGUCCAUCUGGACCGUGACGGCGGUGCUGGUCUUGUCGGCCGUGCAGAGGAUCACAGACGGCGGCGGCGGCGAUGGCGGCUACCACAUUGACGCCGACGUGAUGCUUCUCACUUCGGGCUGCGCUGUGGCCGUAAAUAUCCUGAUGGUCGUGAUCCUCCACCAGUCGGGUGUCUCUCACAGCCACGCCUUCUCCGCCGCUCACGGCAACGCCAGCGUGAAGGCCGCUUUCAUCCACGCGGUGGGAGACCUGGUGCAGAGUGUCGGCGUCCUGCUGACGGCCGCCGUCAUCCGACUGUGGCCUGAAUGCCAAGCCGCCGACCCCGUAUGCACGCUGCUCUUCUCGGUGCUCGUCAUGUGGAGCACCUUGCCCGCCGCCAGGGACGUGUUCCGAGUGCUGAUGGAUGGCGCCCCGCCCAACGUCUGCUACGCUUCCGUGCGGGACGUCCUGCUAUCCGUGCCAGGGGUGGCGUCCCUACACAACCUGCACGUGUGGAGCCUGGACACCACCCACUGUUUACUUUGUGUGCACGUGACGGCAGAGGACGACGCUGAUCCACUCGUCGUCCUGGCAACAGCAACAGAACUCCUGCGUUCAGAGUUUGGCUUCACCGGAAUGACACUCCAAGUGGAACAGUCCGGAACCACCAAGACGGACUGGUGACACCCCCCAUUGAAAGAUGAGGGAGGAUGCUGCAUAGACGUGGAAGUAGAUAAAAAAAAAAAAAAAAAAAGUACCAAUUAUUCGUCACAUGAGGGCGCCAGAUGGCACACAUAAGGAACUACUGAGGAUUUGAUUAGCGCUAAAAUGUCUGUAGAAUGAUGUAGAGGCAAACUCUUGGGAUUUUGGUUGCAUGGAAACAUGUUCUGCAGCAGUUUGUACAAAUAAACAUUCCCACGUUAUUGUCAAGGCACAGCUGAGCUCUCCCAUGUCCACGUGUACAAAAAUAGUGCAGUUUUUAGCGCAUCCCUAAUCAGGACGUUGUCCGUCCUCCCGGUAGCGAGCGUAGGCCUCCCGGAACAUGUCCGCGCAGGCGAUUUUGGCUUUGAGUUUGGAGCAGAUGAGGAAUGAUCCGCCCAUCUUGCGAUGCAGGGAGUAGGUCUCCUCGGGCGGCGGCGUCAGGCGCUCCCUCAGCAUGACCGGGAUGAGGCGGUGGAUGCGCUCGGUGGUGCUCUGCGCGCC